ACAUACAUAAUCACUAAUCAGAGUCUCUCUAUUCUCUUAGCAGCACAGCACAGCACAGCACUUUUCGUUCCCAACUUCUCAUAGCCAGAAGCAAAAAACCUGACCUCACCCCAAAUCCCUUCUUCACUCUCUUUUCUCCUUGUCUUCUCUCUCUCUCUCUAACGCGCCCUCACACAUUGUUGUUGCCUUCUCUGUUCACUCUUUGAUUGAUGACCGCCGUCGAAUCCCAACCCUCCCUCACCGCCAUGGCCCCCACCAUCCUCUCCUCCGCAGCUCCCAACCAGAUUCGCUUCUUGCUCACCUCCUUGAACGAAGUCAACUUUGACUCCGUUCUCCAUCAACUCUCUCAGUUUGCUGAGUUUGGAACCGUUGGAUGCAUUUUGCUGCUUCAGACAUGCUUUGAUCACUUUAAUUAUGUCAGGAGAGAUUUGAAAGAUGUGAAGUAUGAGCCAAUUCUUGGGGCAGUCAUAAAGCACCUCCUGGACAAACCAAACUUUAGCACGGUGUUUUCGGAGUCAAUGAAGAAUAUAGACAUCAACGAAAACUUCCUAGCAAAUUUUUGUAAUGGACUACAGUUGUCUUUACUGGAAAAAAUUACCAUCAGUCUUGCAUUAUCUGAUUCUGAAAAUCCUGAAACCAGGUUAUCUGGCAAGAAAUUUUGCAUGGCUCAGAUUGAGGAAUUGCAUGCCAAUCCUGGUUCUUUGAGUUGCCAUGAACAAAUUCACAAUAUUAUCAUGUUCCUCAAGCAAUCAGAGGGUCUCUCCAAGCAUGUAGAUUCCUUUAUGCAGAUAUUAGCAUUGGUGCAGUUCAAGGACACCCCACCUUUUGUUCUGAAUCCGCUGCUACCCGAUGAGAUGCACGAGGCUGAUUUUUUGAGGAAUAUGGAGUUGUUCCAUGAUUCUGUAGAAAAUGAUUUUGAUGCUAUUUUGGCAGACAUACAGAAGGAAAUGAACAUGGGAGAUAUUGUGAAGGAACUAGGCUAUGGGUGCACACUUGACGUCUCUCAGUGCAAGGAGAUCUUGUCACUUUUCUUACCUUUAACCGACAGUGCCCUCUCUAAAUUACUUGGUGCUAUUGCUCGUACCCAUGCAGGGCUGGAGGACAACCAGUGUACAUUCUUAACUUUUGGUGCAGCCCUUGGAUACAAUAACUUGUCUGAGUUGCCACUGCCGAACUCUUGGAACAUUGAUGUGUUGAUAGAUACAAUCAAGCAGCUUGCACCUCAAACCAACUGGGUACGGGUUAUUGAAAAUCUUGAUCAUGAAGGAUUUUUCCUUCCUAGUGAAGAAGCAUUCUGUUUUCUGAUGUCUGUGUAUAGACAUGCCUGUAAGGAGCCGUUUCCUCUCCAUGCCAUCUGUGGAUCUGUGUGGAAGAAUACUGAGGGUCAGCUAUCUUUCCUAAAAUAUGCUGUAUCAGCACCACCGGAAGUGUUUACCUUCGCGCACUCUACAAGGCUGCUGGCAUAUAAUGAUGCGAUUAAUGGCCUCAAGCUUCAAAAUGGACAUGCUAAUCAUGCAUGGCUGUGUCUUGACCUUCUGGAUGUUCUCUGCCAGCUAGCUGAGAAGGGUCAUGCCAGUUAUGUUCGGUUGAUACUUGAUUAUCCCCUGAAACACUGUCCUGAAGUCUUGCUUCUAGGGAUGGCACACAUUAAUACUGCUUACAACCUCUUCCAACAUGAAGUAUCUCUAGUUGUUUUCCCCAUGAUACUAAAGAGUGCUGGAGGUAGUGGAAUGAUUCAACAUCUAUGGCAUGCUAAUCCUAAUCUGGUCUUACGAGGGGUUAUGGAUUCCCAAAACAAUGACCUGGACAGUGUUACAAGAAUUGUUGACAUCUGCCAGGAGCUAAAGAUUCUAUCAUCAGUACUGGAAGUCAUUCCCUCCUAUUAUAGUAUAAGAUUAGCAGCUGUUGCUUCAAGAAAAGAAUUCCUUGACCUUGAGAAGUGGCUGAGUAACAACUUAUCUAUGUACAAGGAUGUCUUCUUUGAGGAGUGCCUCAAAUUUGUAAAAGAUAUCCAUUUUGGUAGAUCACAGAGCUUAUCUGGUAAAUCUUUUCAUCAGUCUGGUGCUGUUCUGAAUCUUUAUGCUGAGACUACUCCUACCUUCUUGAAGGUUCUGAAAUCUCAUACUGACUUUGUUAACUCUAGUCAACUUUCUGAGGAGCUGGAGAGGUUGCAGGUAUCUAUGAUAGAUUCAAACCCAAGACUGCAAAAUGGUGCGCCUGCAGAUUCGUCUACCUCUGAUGCAUAUUCGGAGGACAUUGAAGAUGAAGCAAACUUGUACUUCCAUAAGAUGUUUUCUGAUAAGUUAACCAUCAAUGCAAUGGUGCAAAUGCUUGCCCGGUUCAAGGAAUCUUCUGUGAAGAGGGAGAAAUCAAUUUUUGAUUGCAUGAUUGGAAACUUGUUUGAGGAGUAUAAAUUUUUUCCGAAAUAUCCUGAAAGGCAACUCAAAAUUGCUGCAGUUCUCUUUGGUUCCGUCAUAAAGCAUCACCUUGUGACUCAUCUGUCUCUGGGGAUUGCUCUUCGAUAUGUUCUUGAUUCGUUACGCAAGCCUGCAGAUUCAAAGAUGUUUACGUUUGGAAGUCUGGCCUUGGAGCAGUUUGUGGACCGCCUUAUUGAGUGGCCUCAGUAUUGCAAUCACAUUCUGCAAAUUUCCCAUUUGCGCAGCACACAUUCAGAAAUCGUCACUUUCAUUGAACAGGCUCUUGCCAGGAUUUCUGCUGGUCAUGCAGAUGUGGACGGGGUGAACCAUGCUUCACUUAUUAGUAACCAUAAUUCUGCACAAACUAUGUUAGGGCAUGUGGAGCAUCUCAAUGGCUCUGGUGUCAUCCAGCCUGGGCAGCAACAUAUAUCACUGCAGCUUCAACAGAGGCGUGAUAUUCCCUUGGAUGAUCGUCAUAAAGCCUCUGUUGGUUCAUCCACUGAUGUAAAACCGAUCUUAUCAUCUGUAGGGCAAUCUUCAGCAGUUACUCCUGCUGAUACUUCUAGUAGUAAUAAGCUACAUAGCACUGGCAGCGCAUCGUCGAUGUUAUCUUCUCCUGGUUUUGUUCGUCCUUCGCGAGGAGCUACUUCAACCAGGUUUGGAUCAGCCUUGAACAUUGAAACUUUGGUUGCAGCUGCUGAGAAAAGAGAAACUCCCAUCGAGGCUCCAGGGUCAGAGGUUCAGGAUAAGAUAUCAUUUAUAAUUAAUAAUAUAUCUACUGCAAAUAUUGAAGCUAAAGCAAAAGAAUUCACUGAAAUUUUGAAAGAGCAGUACUAUCCAUGGUUUGCACAGUAUAUGGUUAUGAAAAGAGCGAGCAUUGAGCCAAAUUUCCAUGACUUGUACCUGAAAUUCCUAGAUAAAGUCAAUUCAAAGGCUUUGAACAAAGAGAUUGUGCAGGCAACCUAUGAAAAUUGCAAGGUUCUUUUAGGAUCUGAGCUCAUAAAGUCUAGUUCAGAAGAACGCUCUUUGCUUAAAAAUCUGGGAAGCUGGCUUGGAAAGUUAACAAUUGGGCGGAAUCAGGUUUUGAGGGCUCGUGAAAUAGACCCGAAAUCUUUGAUUAUAGAGGCAUAUGAGAAGGGGCUGAUGAUAGCUGUUAUCCCAUUUACUUCAAAGGUCCUUGAACCAUGCCAAAGCAGUCUUGCAUAUCAACCCCCUAAUCCUUGGACGAUGGGCAUUCUGGGAUUGCUUGCUGAGAUUUAUUCAAUGCCAAACUUGAAAAUGAACCUCAAAUUUGACAUAGAGGUGUUGUUCAAAAAUCUUAGUGUGGAUAUGAAGGAUGUUACGCCAACUUCUCUCCUGAAGGAUCGGAAAAGAGAAAUUGAAGGAAAUCCUGAUUUCUCCAAUAAAGAUGUUGGGGCGUCUCAAGCACAAAUGAUGUCUGAUAUAAAAUCUAGCCUUAUACAGCCAGUAAAUCAAGUGGAGUUACCACUUGAAGUUACCAAUCCAUCUAAUACUGGGGCACAUCCUCAUUUACUCUCUCAGUACGCUAGUCCACUUCAUAUUUCCACUGGAGCCUUGAUGGAGGAUGAAAAGGUAACACCUCUAGGCUUGUCUGAUCAACUUCCUUCUGCUCAAGGACUAUUACAAGCAACUCCUACGCCUGUACCUUUUUCCCUUAGCCAGCUUCCAUCACAGAUACCUAAUAUUGCAACUCAUCUUAUUAUCAAUCAGAAGCUUAGUGGUUUUGGGUUGCAAAUGCAUUUUCAGAGGGCUGUACCUAUUGCAAUGGAGAGAGCUAUCAAAGAGAUAGUAUCUAGUAUUGUGCAGCGUAGUGUUUCCAUAGCUACACAAACAACAAAGGAGCUUGUUUUAAAGGAUUAUGCCAUGGAAUCAGAUGAGACACGCAUAGUAAAUGCUGCACACCUGAUGGUUGCCAGUCUGGCUGGGAGCUUAGCUCAUGUUACAUGCAAAGAACCUUUAAGGGCAUCAAUAUCAAGUCAACUAAGAAUUUCACUUCAGAAUUUAAAUAUUGCAAAUGAAAUUUUGGAGCAAGCUGUGCAACUUGUCACCAAUGAUAAUCUUGAUCUUGGUUGUGCAGUCAUUGAGCAGGCUGCUACUGAUAAGGCAAUAACCACCAUUGAUACAGAAAUUAAUCAACAACUUUCUAUGAGAAGGAAGCAUCGAGAAGGUAUGGGUUCCACAUUUUUUGAUACAAACUUGUACACACAAAGUUCUAUGGGUGUUGUGCCAGAGCCUCUUCGACCCAAGCCUGGUCAGUUGUCCCUCUCGCAGCAGCGCGUCUAUGAGGACUUCGUUCGGCUUCCCUGGCAAAAUCAGUCAAGUCAGAGCUCACAUUCUAUGUCAUCUGGUCUUUCGGUUCAAUCUGGAAAUGCUGGUCUCGCUGGCACUAAUGGUGCUGUAUCAGGACAAAUUAACCCUGGUUACUCUGUAAGCUCCAGCUAUGAAGGAGGGGUGUCGCGACCAGUAGAAGAUAUGUCGGAAUCUAAUUUGGCUCAACACUUCAGUGCUUCCUCAAUUCACAUUAGAGCUGCUGACAGUGUUUCCCAGCACAGUUUGGAGAAAGAAUCAGUUGCCUCAUUUCCUUCAACUGCUUCCACACCUGAGUUGCACACUGUUGAUACUUCUGAUUCUAUGAAAGAAUCUGGAGCUUCACAGCCACUAGCAAGUGUCGUAGAGCGCAUUGGAAGUAGUUUCUUGGAGCCCACUAUUUCUACAAGGGAAGCCUUGGAUAAAUACCAAAUGGUUGCACAAAAGUUGGAGGCUUUGGUUAAUAAUGAUGCCAAGGAAGCAGAAAUACAGGGGGUCAUAUCCGAGGUUCCUGAGAUCAUACUCAGAUGUGUUAGUCGAGAUGAGGCAGCUUUAGCUGUAGCUCAGAAGGUAUUCAAGGGCCUUUAUGACAAUGUAUCCAACAACACUCAUGUUGGUGCUCAUCUUGCAAUCCUGACUGCCAUUCGCGAUGUUUGCAAGCUUGCCGUUAAGGAGCUUACCAGCUGGGUAAUUUACUCAGAAGAAGAAAGGAAAUUCAACAAAGAUAUUACUGUAGGCCUGAUCCGCAGUGAACUGCUAAAUCUUACCGAGUACAAUGUUCAUAUGGCAAAGCUCAUUGAUGGGGGGAGAAACAAGGCUGCUACGGAGUUUUCUAUUUCUCUUCUUCAAAUGCUGGUUGUUGAGGAACUGAAAGUUAUUUCAGAACUUCACAAUCUUGUUGAUGCUUUGGCAAAGCUUGCUUCAAAGCCUGGAUCCCCUGAAUCGUUGCAACAGCUGAUUGAGAUGAUCAAGAACCCUUCUGUUAGUGUUCCUGCAAAGGAGGAUAAGGCAAGACAAUCAAGGGACAAUAAGGGUCCUGGGAUGCUGGCACCAAACCGGGAAGAAGUAAACAUUGUAGAGUCUGUUGAACCAGAUCCUGCUGGAUUCCGUGAGCAGGUUUCCAUGUUGUUUACAGAAUGGUAUCGGAUAUGUGAACUCCCUCCUCCGAAUGAUACAGCUUCUACUCACUUCAUCUUACAAUUACAUCAAAAUGGUCUCCUUAAGGGGGAUGAUGUAACAGAUCGCUUCUUCCGGCUAUUGAUGGAACUAGUUGUUACACACUGCUUAAACAGUGAGGUGAUUAAUUCUGGGGCAUUGCAAUCUUCUCAACAGCUGCCAGCAAUGUCAUUUAUUGCGAUUGAUAUUUAUGCCAAGCUUGUCUUCUCAAUAUUGAAGGGAUCAAACAAGUCCUUUCUUCUUUCUAAGAUUCUUGCGGUGACUAUUCGGUUGAUUCUAAAAGAUGCAGAAGAGAAGAAGGCCUCUUUUAAUCCAAGACCGUAUUUCAGAUUGUUCAUUAAUUUGCUUCUAGAUCUUGGUUCACUUGAACCUGUUACUGAUGGUGCAAAUCUCCAGAUUUUGAUUGCUUUUGCCAAUACUUUUCAUGCUUUGCAGCCCCUCAAGGUUCCUGCUUUCAGUUUUGCUUGGCUUGAGUUGAUAAGUCACAGGAGCUUUAUGCCAAAAAUGCUGACUGGUAAUGGUCAAAAAGGUUGGCCUUAUAUCCAAAGGUUGCUUGUUGAUCUCUUCCAAUUUAUGGAGCCUUUUCUGAGACAUGCUGAACUCGGAGAUCCGGUCCGUUUUCUCUAUAAAGGCACUCUUAGGGUGCUACUGGUGCUACUUCAUGACUUCCCUGAGUUCCUAUGUGACUUUCACUUUACCUUCUGUGAUGUUAUUCCGCCAAGUUGCAUACAGAUGCGGAAUAUUGUUCUGAGUGCUUUUCCGCGGAGUAUGAGGUUGCCAGAUCCAUCCACCCCCAAUUUGAAGAUUGAUUUGCUUCAAGAAAUUACUCAAUCCCCAAGGAUUCUUUCGGAGGUCGAUGCUGCUAUUAAAGCGAAGCAGAUUAAGGCUGAUGUGGAUGAAUACCUUAAGACAAGACAGCAAAAUUCUCCAUUUUUGUCUGAGCUGAAGGACAAGAUGCUCCUUUCACCUAAUGAAGCUGCUUCUGCCGGGACACGUUACAAUGUGCCAUUGAUCAACUCACUUGUGUUGCAUGUUGGAAUGCAGGCAAUCCAACAACUUCAGGGACGAUCUCCCCAUGCUCAAUCUGCAUCACCUGGUUUCCCCUUGGCUGUAUUUUCUGUUGGUGCUGCAUUGGAUAUUUUCCAGACACUAAUUGUGGACUUGGACACUGAAGGGCGCUAUCUUUUCUUAAAUGCCGUUGCCAACCAACUACGCUACCCUAACACACACACCCACUACUUUUCCUUCAUCCUUCUGUACUUGUUUGCGGAAUCAAACCAGGAAAUCAUCCAAGAACAAAUUACUAGAGUAUUGUUAGAACGGCUAAUCGUUAAUCGUCCUCAUCCUUGGGGACUGCUCAUCACUUUCAUUGAGCUGAUCAAGAACCCGAGGUAUAAUUUCUGGAACCGGUCUUUCAUAAGAUGCGCACCAGAGAUUGAGAAACUUUUUGAGUCCGUCUCUAGAUCCUGCGGCGGUCCAAAACCAGUGGAUGAGAGUAUGGUCUCCGGUUGGGUUUAACUCCAUAAAUUGGAGUAGAUUAGAUUAGAUGGCUUUGCUGCUGCUUAGUUGUGUGUAGGCUAAUCAUUUUUUGCAAUUAAGUACAUGUUGAUAUUGGUGUCGAUCAAAAUAUACAAAUUGUACUCUCUGUAGAUUCCUGGUAUUUUAAAUGAUCAUGUUGAAAAAUUUUCAGCUUUCUGACA